AUGCUUCAAUCGAUUGAUUCGCCUAUUGCGACGGAUUCCAUCACCAAUAAACCGGCGACGCAAAAAGCGUCACUAUAUCAUCUGUGCCGUUCCGUCUUGGAUGGAUUAGCCGCUGUACCAGGAUUCGAACCUUACCUUGAUUUAAACCCUCCCACCGACGCCGAUGAUAUUGCUCCACAAUCAGCAUGCUUAGCCAACGAUCCACUCAGCAAAUUAUGGCACAUUUGUAGGCAAGGAUCGAGUCUCUGUCUACUGUAUAACACAUUACGUCCGGAUGAUGCGAUCGCCCAAGGCACCGGUUUAGGCAACAUGGCCAGUAAACCUAAAGCAUGCAUUUAUCAUUUCAUUCUCGCUUGUCGAGAUAAACUUCACUUCAGUGAGGACAGUUUGUUUACAGUAACGGAUCUGUACCAGAAUGAUACCAAUGGUUUCGUCAAGGUCGUAAAUACACUGAAACGAAUUCUGGAUUUACUGGAACACGAGGGAAUCAUAUCCAUCCGCUCUUCCAAUCGCAACUCGGAUCCCAAUGCACCCAAGGAUAAACGGGAUAAAGUCGUCUUUGAAUUUCUCGAAACCGAACGCAAAUAUGUUCAAGAUUUGGAAGCACUUCAGGAUUACAUGCGAGAAGCGCAAGCACAAAACGUUUUACCACCCGAUACGCUUCACAAUUUGUUCGGCAAUCUCAAUUCCCUCGUCGAUUUCCAGCGACGAUUUUGUAUCCAAAUCGAGCAAAUGGCCGAUCAAGCUCCGCAAGAUCAACGCUUCGGUAACUUAUUCAUACAGCUCGAAGACGCUUUUGCCGUCUACGAACCAUUUUGUGCCAAUUUGUCCACCGCGCAAGAUCUGGUCAUUCAGGAAACCGUCAAACUGCAGAAAUUAGCAGACAUCAUGUCCCCCACCUACGAAUUGCCUUCCAUGCUUAUCAAACCCGUUCAACGCGUAUGCCGCUAUCCGUUACUCAUGCAACAACUCGUGAAAGCGACCCCCGAAGACUGGAAGUACAGCGAAGAGAUGAAAGAAGGACUGGAGGCCAUUCAACGGGUCGCCGGCAAAGUCAAUGAGACCAACCGUCGCCAAGAAAACGUGCAGAAAGUAGAAGAUCUCAAGAAACGCAUUGAGGACUGGAAAGGAUCCAUUGACCACUUUGGCCAACUCUUACUCGAGGACAAAUUCAUGCUGUACAUCAACAAUGCAGGUCGCGAAAUGCUCGUCUUUCUCUUUGAAAAAACCCUCCUCGUCUGCAAAGAAGACAAAGAACCCCACAAAAAGUCCAACGCCAUGAUUAUUAAAAAGAAGAAAAAGGAAGGCUCGCUCGUCGUACGUGGCAAAAUCCUCAUCUCCAAAAUCGCCCAAGUCAAUGACACCAGUCAAAAUGGCACGUGGUCUUUACAUAUUUUCUGGUCCGAGAAGGAUUCCCAAUCACUCAGUGCUCAGUAUUUCAAUUUGCAGUCAUUUACCCUAAAAUGUCGCAAUGAGGAACAGUUGAAACAAUGGGAAUCGACUUUAAAUAGGUUACUUCAAAUCGAGAAACGCAUGUCCAUGGAACACCGCGCCGCCGAAGCACAAGCAGGCAGACUAUACCACACCACUUCCAUGCCUCACGUGCCACGCGCAUCAUACCAACCCGACUUUGAAGACACACCGACCAUGAACUACGAUGAAGACGAAGAAGAGGAAGACCAACAUCACGAAGAUACCAGCGAUGAUGAAGUCUGGGGUCGACGCACUUCCAGCAAAGUGCAUAUGAACUACAUGCGCCAUCAACGGAUAUCCGAAGGUGAAUCUCACCGUAAAAUGUCCGCUCAAGCUGGCAUGUCCGCAGGCUUAUCCAAUGGUCGCCACUACACCGCCAUGCCGGGCAUGACACUUCCGCCUUUGCGAGCUUCUUCCAAUGGAUCGUCCUUGACCGAUGGCAUGGUCACCCCCGCCGCGGAUUACUCUUACGCUUCCAGCCUCUCAUACCCGACUUCACCACCUACAAGCUACCCUUCGUCCCCGACUGCCACCAAUAAAACCUCUUCCUCCUCUUCUUUAGCUUCCACGCAUGGUUAUUCACCGUCCCAUCGUCGACAGAUGGAUGACACCAUCGUGCCGACGGAAAUGGUCACACGGACAUUGCUCAGUGAAAGUGUACCUACACCCACCGAAGAAUACCCCGGCUUCCCUUGCUCACCGCCUCAUGCUGCCACCUUGGUCACCUCAACCUCGCACCUCAAACCGACCAUUCCACCGGGACAACUUCACCACACCCGUCUACGAUCUCAGAGUAGUCCCAACAUUCACCGACCAGCGGGAGCGACGUUAUUUGACAACGCGCCUGAACUGCCACCAAUCAAUUCACGCACGCUGUAUGAUAUCAAGCGCAAGAGUAACGGGGACUAUCACGAAGAAAGACCGUCCAAUCUUCAGUAUACGGCAGUGGACGAUCACACCAAAAUCAAGGUGCAUUAUCUAGGCGAGAUUUACGUGGUCGUGGUAUCUCUUGAUAUUAGCUACAUGGAAUUACUUGGAAAGAUUGAACGUAAAAUCCGGUCAUGCGGGCAGUCGAUCGAAAUCACCAUGGGGCUCAAGUAUCAAGAUGAAGACGGCGAUCUCAUCACCAUCAUCUCCAACGAAGAUGUACAAAUGGGGUUGGAAAGUCGAGGCCUGAAUAACACCGUGAAUGUCUAUGUCACCUGUUAA